AUGUUUAUUAUUUUGAGUGCGACUUUUACACCCGGCGCUCAAGAACUAAGAAUACAGGAUUUGCCAAAACGAAAGAAAAAAGUUAAUCCUAGUCCUUUAGGAGAAGAUGACUUGUUUCUCAAAUAUUAUCUCUUAGGAAAAUUGCGGUACCCUCCGAAGAAAUCCAGAAAGCAAAUUGAACAGGAAGAACUUCUACUGGAACAACACGCCAAAAAAGUAGAUACAUCUGCUUUCGUUGACAUUAUAGAUUUACUGUCAGGGGACUACCAUAGACGAAAAGAAGCAGAAAGGGUGGCGAAGCAGAAAGAACUGAAAAUGAAACGAAAAACGGAUGCACUAAAGAUGGAGGGUUAUUCGUAUGAAAAAGAAAGGGGGUAUUUUGCCAAUUUGAUUAACGAAAUAUUGAAGCAAUCAUAUUCCAAAUGUAAAGCCUAG